CCAAGCCCUCUGCUCAUUGCGCUCCCCCUUCACGCUCGCCGGCUCCGUCGACAGACACGAUGUGCAAACACAUCCUCAACGCCCAGGUGUCCAUCCGCGCGCCCUGCUGCAAGCAGUGGUUCGACUGCGCCGAAUGUCACGCGGAGGCGGAAGACCAUCGCCUCGCAAAGACAAACGAAAUGGCGUUUAUAUGCAAAAAGUGCAAGAAGGCGUUUCGCAAAGAUAUGACCGCGUACGAGGAGAGCGACGAGUUCUGCCCUCACUGCGACAACCACUACGUUAUAGAUGCCAAGACGCCGCAGGCCGUGCUCGGCGUUGAGGGAGAGGACGCGCGCGUGGACGCACGGAUGCUCAAGGACGACCGGGUACGACAAGAUCCAAAGCGGUCCCUGUUCGGCCAGGAUUUCUCGGAUCGGGUCGGCUGAUUACUGUCCAAGCCACACCGCGCCCCCUGCCCGCGUUGGGCUACAUCUCUACGCCGUUGUAUACUAUGUCUCACGGAGAAAAUACACCAGUCUCGUGGUCUUCUUCCCCAGCCAAACUCUAGGUCACGCUGUUCACCUCCAAGUUAUGUCGUUGACGCCGAGGAUUUGAGAUGCGAUGCAAGCGUCUGUUAACGUUGUGGCUGGCGGUUCCGGCUGUAUGUAAACCUUGAAGGUAAACACAGGGGUGGUCGUCGGCAAUAUCGGAUAUAAAGCCGACGCGAUCCAUUGGAGUCGAUAUUCAUUCUUUCCUGUGCCUGAUAUAUGUUACUCCUUUUCAAGGCAUUCCCAGCAUAGGCAGGUUACGAGGCCAUAGCAAAAACUUCUGACAAAGUCGUCUUAGCAUUGCUCGGCGCAAGGCCCUAGGGGAAGGCUACGACAUCCACGAAAAGACAUUUCAGUGUUCGGUAGAUGUCAACUUUCUCCGUCCUCUCUUUAUGACCAUUUAAUGAUAUUCUCUCUCUCUAUACACCAAUUCCGGAUAGUAACUGCAUACACUGGUGAAACGUGCGUUAGAGCCUGACGAAACGCGGGGUCUUCGCCGUACCUGUCAGCGAUCGACGAGCCGCCUCGAAUGUUUGAAAUAACACCUCAGACAGGGAUGAUCGGCGAGAGCCGUGCCGUGCUGACGAGUCCUCCUCGUUCCACCACGAAUGGAACACGUACGCAAACGAAACGUCAUGCAUUACCGGCAGCUGCGCCUUUGGUAUGGGUGUAGAGCUCGGCCCCAAGCUUAUCCAUAGGAAAAUGGUACCCCAUGAUGUACCACCUGACUUAUAGGGACCCAGAUAGUGCAUUCAACGGUUAUCCAGGCUUCUAGGGUAUGUUCCACAGGAGUGUGAUCUCACGAUGACAUACCUCGGAUGCGUCCGAGGUUCGAGAUACCGGACAAGGAUCGCACUAUAUAACGUGUCCGAGUGAUACG